AUGAAGAGAUAUUUUAAAAAAGUAUCGAGACUAGAGGAGACUUCAUCUUCUACGAAGAACAAUGUUGAUAGCGAAAGCUCAAAGAAAGAUGAACUUGAAGCAAUUUUGGAUAAUCUUCCUUCAGACCCUGCACGUCGAAAGCGUAUCUUGGAUUAUGAUCCAAAUAUUUAUGGUCAAGUUCAACGGCGUUACUUGCUUAAGGGUCCUUGUCAGCCUCGAAACCAUGAGUUUCCCCAAACAUUAAUAAGUGGAACAAAACGACGUUUUGUCCCUUCUUGGUUUGAUGAACAUCCUGAAUGGUUAGAGCAUAGAAUAGAAAAUGAUGCUGUGUUUUGUCUCUGUUGUUAUCUCUUUAAACCACAUCAUGGCGACCAAGGAGGCGGUGAUAAAUUUACUUGCAAAGGUUUCUCUAAUUGGAAGAAUAAAAAAGGACUUCAAGAUCAUGCUGGAAGUUUGGGUAGUGUUCACAACCAAGCUUUACUAAAUUGCCAAGCUCUAAUGAAUCAGAAACAGCAUCUUGAGUCAGUUAUUAGUCGUCAAUUGGAAUCCUCUAAGCAUAACUAUUACACUCUCUUGAAUGCUUCAAUUGAUUGUGUUCGUUUCUUGUUGCGGCAAGGUCUUGCUUUUCGUGGUCAUGAUGAAUCUGAAUCCUCUAACAAUAGAGGAAACUUUCUUGAACUUCUAGAAUUUCUUGCUGAACAUAAUGAUAGUGUGAAGGCUGUUGCGUUUGAAAAUGCUCCUAGAAAUGUACAGUUAACAUCACCUGUUAUACAGAGAGAUAUUAUAAAUGCAGCUGCAGUUGAAACUCUUAAUGCAAUCAUGUUUGAUAUGGGUGAUGCACCAUUCUAUAUUUUGGUUGAUGAAGCAAGAGAUCAUUCAGUAAAAGUUCUGAUGGCAGUUGUUCUUCGCUAUGUAGACGAUAAAGGCCAGGUAAUUGAAAGGUUUGUUGGCAUCCAACAUGUUAAAAGCACUGAUGCACGGUCCUUAAAACUUGCAAUAGACGAGUUAUUCUCCAGAAAUGGGUUGAGCAUAUCAAAUCUUCGAGGACAGGGCUAUGAUGGGGCUAUGGUUAACAUUGUUGGAGCAUCAUGUAAACGUCGUGAUCUUCUUCGAGAGCAACAACAGAAUGAAGUGAUGGAAGCUCUUCACAAUGAUGAGCUUCUAAGUGGAAAAAGGUUGAAUCAAGAAACUACUCUUAAACGUCCUGGUGAUACACGUUGGGGUUCACAUUACGGCACCUUACUGAGUAUUAUUUCUAUGUUUUCUUCCACAAUUAAGCUUUCAGACAUGAAUGACCGUUUUAAUAAGGUAAACUCUGAGCUUCUUGUUUGUGUUGCAAGUUUAAGUCCAGAUAAUUUAUUCUCCGCUUUUGAUAAGCAAAAGUUACUCCGUCUUGCCAAAUUCUAUCUAAGAGAUUUUUCUGAAAGAGAUGUCUUAUCACUUGAAGACAAGCUUGAUAUUUAUCUUAAUGAAAUGCGAUCCAACAGUGAAUUUUCUCAAUUGAAAGGAAUUGGUAGUCUUGCUAAAAAAUUGGUGGAGAUAGGAAAGCACAAAACACAUGCAGCAGUCUACAAGCUUCUAACUUUGGCUUUAGUCAGUGGAAAGAGUAUUCUCAGCUAUGAACAUUGUGAAGAAUCCACUUCGUAA